AUUGCUCACUUCAAAAAUGAAUUGUCACCUAUCUCGCCACGUCUUGAAAGCCUUCUUUCUCUUGCUGGUCAUCUGGCUCUUAAAUUGCCACCAGAGGCUGUCAGUGAAUUGACACCAGAGCCCAUGCCCAUGCUUUGCGUCAAACGGAGAGCCGAGUUAGUUCAACAGCACGUUACCAACCUCCAUAAUCGACUCCUUGACUCCGAAGCCAAGCUUAGACAUUUGUUCUGCCUUAACAAUCUCAUCAACACAGACCAAGCAUCGCAUGUAACUCAGGCUAUGUGA